AUGCUACUAGACACUGAAACGCGCUACAGCAUGAUGGAAAAAUUGGUCCUCGCACUAAUUAUGGCAAAGAAGAAGCUACGACAAUAUUUUGAAGGUCAUACCAUCAUUGUAUACACAGACUACCCACUGAAGCAGGUCUUGAACAAACUCGAUCUCUCUGGUAGAUUAUCCAAAUGGGCAAUUGAACUCGAGACAUAUGAUAUACGGUUCUUGCCGCAAAAAUCAAAGAAAGGCCAAGUCCUAGCUGAUUUCCUAGUUGAGAUACAAUCUUUUACCCCAGAUACCUUACCUGAACUACUGGAAUCAGAAGCUGAAUGGAUGUGGACAAUGCACACAGACGGAGCCUCCAAUUCUCAAGGAGCUGGAAUCAAUGUCGUAUUGGAGGCACCCUCUGGAUUGAGAAUUGAGGAAGCCAUACGGUUGGAAAAAUUUGCAACAAAUAACAAGGCCGAGUAUGAGACUCUGAUUUAUGGUUUAGAAUUAGCACGAGACAUGGGCAUCAGACGGUUAAAAGUUAGAGGAGAUUCAAAACUAAUGAUAGAGCAAGUGGUCGAAGCUAAAAGAUUAUUAGAGGAGAUCCAUGAAGGAGCAUGUGGGAACCACAUAGGGGGACGAAGCUUGGCGCAAAAAGCACUCACAGCAAGGUACUACUGGCCAUACAUGAUGACAGAAGCGCGCGACUAUGCAAAGAAGUGUGACAAAUGCCAGAGAUUUGCACCCACCAUCCAUCAACCCGCUAAAGUUCUACACUCCACCAUCGCACCUUGGCCUUUUGCAAAGUGGGGGAUGGAAGUAGUGGGGGAACUGCCCAGAGCUACUGGAGGAAAGCGGUACGCUUUGUUAGCCACCAAUUACUUCACUAAAUGGGUUGUAGCAGAGGCGUACGUCACGGUGAGCAAAACAGACACCAUAGCUUCAUAUGGAAGCACAUCAUCUGCCAAUUUGGGAUACUAUGGGAAAUAG